AUGUCCUUCGACACACCUACACCCCCCUUCAGCGCUUCCGACCCUCAUGCUCGCUUUCUAAACGCAUCAUGCCUAGAUCUAUUAUUAAUCGAGCUUGUACCUAUGGCGGAACGAUUAGUCCAAGAACUCGAGCUCGGAGAAAAGGAUUCCCCAGUCAAGCAAGGCGAAGCGCUAGAUGCCAAAAAUAAGGAACGAGGGAAAGGAGAGGAGAAAGAUAGCAAGUCAUCUGUGGCCGUUAUGGAUGACGAAGAAUACCGAGAGGCUAUAUAUUUUAGACUGGAGUCAUUGGGAUAUAGAGUCGGCCUGGGGCUGGGAGAAAGGUUUUCUCGAGAUAGGCCCCGGUUUACUGAUAAUCUCGAUGUGAUUAAGUUUCUAUGUAAAGAUCUUUGGACGAUCCUGUUCAGGAAACAGGUGGAUAAUUUGAAGACGAAUCAUAGGGGAGUAUAUGUUUUAACGGAUAAUGCUUUCCGGCCCUUUAUCCGCAUGAGCAUGUCUGUUAGAAGUGAAGCAGUUAUGCGUGCACAAACAUAUCUUUGGUUUCCCUGCGGUAUAAUCCGUGGCACCCUCGCAAGUGUGGGGAUCGAGGCCACGGUCCAGGCGGAAAGCUCAGAUCUCCCGUUGGCUACUUUCCAGAUCAAGACUAUCAAUAGUACGGUCACUGCCAAUACUGCCGGCGCUGGUACACCGAUGGUAGCUUGA